AUGACUAACGUUUUGAGAUAUGUAGCGUUGUCGUUGCAUUCAACACCAGUCCCGCUUUCGCUGCAGGUGUUGAUGACAUGUGUGUCCGAGUCAGACCGCUUCUUGUGGAAAUACAAUGACGAGCCAGAAUCUUCAUAUUACUCCAAAGCGUGCGGCUCUUACCUGCCGUACAUGCAAACCGCUAUGAACUGUUACGUUUCUUAUAUUGGAGAAGCUGAACGUUCUACAGAGGAGCACUUGAUUGAUUACCAAAAACUGUGCAACACGGUGGGGGAUUCAAAUCUAUCAGUGGCUGAAUUUCUAGCCAUCUGGCGUAAUGGCACUCAACUUUUACAGAAGAACGGUUCAGUCUCACUAGUUGAGCCUUUGACAUCACCAAUCACUUUACCCUCACAGGAUGUGUCGGCCAGUUUGAAGUACGUCUAUUACACGUUUUACAAUUUCAGUGCUGCCUUCAACUUUAGUGUGAUAAUCAAUGCUAUGAUUGGGCUGUUUAUUGUCCUUGCUACUUGGGCCAACUACUCAAGAGCCAACGGCAUAUUUGUUCGGUUUGUACGAUCCAAAUUACUUGUUCCUGCAAUCUUCAAUACAACUCACCAAUCCGAAUGCAAGGUUUUACCUUUUUACAAAAGUAUUCUGCCCACGAGAGGCGAGGCCAUCGCUGUGGCUGCUUUUUUAUUGGUAAACGGCGUAUUGGCGCUUUAUAACUAUCCCUUGGUCAACUCACAAAUGGACUCAAAAUUGUUUUUCCUGAUACGAUGUGUGGCGAACCGAACUGGAGGCUUGUCCUUUGGCUUAAUACCUGCAAGCAUCUUGUUAGCGGGUAGAAACAAUUUGAUACAAAAGCUUACUGGCAUGCCUUACUCAAGUUGCAUAUUCUUUCACAAAUGGGUUGCUCGGACUAUGACGCUCUAUGCCUCCAUUCAUGCUCUAUUAUGGACAAUUUACGGAACAAUUCGGCUGCGAACAUCUUUUUGGUAUUUUUUUGCAAAUUUCAGCUAUUGGAGAUGGGGUGCGUACGCUACCAUAGCAGCCAUUAUACUAAUCUUCCAUUCUAUUCAUUCAUUGAAAGCCAAGCAAUACGAAAUAUUUCUUGUGGUCCACAUUACGCUCGUGAUAAUCUUUCUAGUUGGGUGCUUGAAACAUUGUGCUGAGUUUGGAUGGCUUGGAUGGAUUUACAUCGCAAUAGGGAUGUGGGCAUGGGAUCGUUUUGGUAGGAUAUGGCGGUUGCUCUUCAAGUUCGGCGGCUACAAGAACGCAUACGCGCAAGUUGUUUCGACCCAAGACGAGCUCUUCCGAAUCACUAUACCUUGUGUUGAUCAAAAGAAUUUUGGGUUCUUCCCAGGAUGCUAUGCUUUCAUCUAUUUUCAAAACAGAAAAUGGUUCUGGCAGUCGCAUCCAUUUACUCUCAUGAAGGCUGGUGAAAACAUUGAAAUCAUUGUGAGAGCCAAAAAGGGAUUGACCAGAGAAUUAUUUAGGUCUCUUCCAACAAAUGGAACAAGGCUUCCGUUGCGAAUAGCAUUAGAAGGGCCUUACGGUCACGAAGCGCCGUUAAAAACAUAUACCAACACUUUAUUAGUGACAAGUGGGGCUGGAAUACCGGGUCCCUUAAGCUAUUUACAGAAGGCUACUGAAAAUGCACCACAUUUCGAGCAUUUUAGCUUUGUAUGGAUAGUACCGACCGAAGCCUUUUUAGAGACUAUGCAAGAGGCGAUUUCGCGCGUGUGUGAGAAAUUGCGCGAAGCUCAUUGCGAGGCUCGAUUCAACAUCCAUGUUUAUGUGACGCGGCCACAGGGUCUCGCGCCGUUAAAGUGGCUUCCGAGAGAAAUUAAGCUGAACCGCUUCAAACCGAACAUACAAAAUCUUGUGCAAGACUUCUGCGAAACCUGUUGCGGCAGCACAGCUGUAUUGUCUUGCGCCAACUCUAGUCUAGACGACCUGGUACGGCGUUACGUUUCGGACGAGAUAUUCAAGCGUGGCCACCGCAUAGAUUACUACGACGAGUUACAAGUUUGGUAG